AACACGGCAAAGGAAACAUGGCUCCUCCGAAAAACCAUAUUGUUGCAAAAUGAGAGAGACGGAGACUAAGUUGGAAGAUGAGGAGCUGAAGGAGUUUGAGUUACUGGAGAGAAUGGCAGCGAACACAUCUUCUUUCAUCGGCAGCACCCCUGCAAGAGCCAACAUGUACAGGAGUCAGGGGCCACCUGGGUCAUUGAGACAACCAUCAAAAAGUGAUGAAGAAGACCAAGAGAUGAAUGAAGAUGGAGAGGAUGUCAAUUUGGAGCAGACUUUAGAGGAGGGAGACAGCGACUUGGACCAAACCAUCAAGGAACAGCCAGAGGGAGGGGACUGGGAGCAAGAUGAAAUGAAGGAAGGCAAAAGAGAUUCUCCACUGGGGACAGCAGUCUUGGCUGAAGAAGCAGAAGAGUUGCAGGAUAAAAAAGAUGAAGAAAAAGAGGAAGACAGGGAUUCUGAAAGUGCCCAUGAUGAUAUAGCAGCAGUGUCCUCUCAGGCCCUGAAUGUGGAUUUUGAUGAUGAUGACAGUUGGGGAGACAUGAGUAAGAAAGGACUAGACGAGGAUGACCACGACACCACUCUGGAUGACAGCAUCAUAUCAGGCGCUCCUCCUCUGGACACCUCCACACCUCCAGCCAAGGCAAACAGACCAGGUUUUUCUAGAAGAGCACAGAACAGCCCACCGCCUGAUUCUGAUGAAGUUCCAGUUCCUGUCAGCAUCGAGCCUCCACCCACAUCUGACCUGGUCGCCAAGCGCUUCCCAAAACUGAAACCUGCCAAACCUAAAGUCUCAGCUGAACAGGUUCAGGAGUUGCAGGAUGAACUCCAGAGGAGGGAGCAGCGGUGGCAGGCCAGUCUGAACCGGAUGAAGAACCAGCUCCAGGCGGCUCAGAAUGAAAGCCAAGAGCUGCGGGAAGAACUGCGAAUGAUGGAGAAACACAGGCUAGAUGCCUGGAGUAAAGCAGAGACUAAGAAGAAGGAUCAUGCCCCAGUCAAGGCCUUCCAGAAGCAAAAAGUGACAAAGGAGAUCUCUCCACAUAAGGACGAAGAGAAGACGACUAGUGAAGACAGUGACAGGUCUCCAGAAAUGUCUGCACCGCCCAAAUCUCAGCUUCAAACUCACACCAUCAAAGACCGGAAGGAAAAAACUACAAAACAUUUUCCCAAAGACGAGUUUGAUUCCGAUUUCGAUGCCAUUCCCGAAGAAACUCCAAGGAAGAUUCCGGUAGCUGUAGCGCUUGAGGAGCACCCUUCUGGUGUUAAGACGUCAGAUGGCCCAAAGCCAAGGAGACCGCUACAGCGGAAGAAGGCGGUGAAGUUUGCCGGAGACGGGGAUUUAAGCCUGGAAGAUGAAGAUUCUGAUGGUGUGGAGCAACUUCAACAUGCAGAUGGAAAGACGGAGAAUGUUCUGAAGGAUGGAAGACGUGUUAUCACCUUCAGUAAUAACGGGACCAGGAAGGAGAUCAGUGCUGAUAGACAGACACUCAUUGUCACAUUCUUCAACGGAGACAUUAAACAGAUCAUGCCUGACCAACGGGUGAUAUACUAUUAUGCAGAGGCCCAGACCACCCAUACCACUUACCCUGAUGGUCUGGAGAUCCUACAGUUUCCCAACAGUCAAAUGCAGAAACACUAUCCAGAUGGAACCAAAGAAAUCACUUUUCCAGACCAAACUAUCAAGUAUCUGUUUCCCAACGGGGAUAAAGAAAGUAUUUUUCAGGAUGGCACUGUCCUAAGAGUGUCCAAGAGUGGAGACAGGGUGGUUGAGUUUGCCAAUGGACAGCGAGAAAUACACACUCUAAACUACAAGAAACGGGAAUAUCCAGACGGGACAGUGAAAACUGUGUAUCCAGACGGUAAGCAGGAGACCAGGUAUAGCAAUGGGCGUAUCCGUGUCAAGGACAAGGAUGGAAACGUCAUUGUGGACAAAAAGAUGUGAGAAAAGCCCAGUCCUCAGUUGUAAAGUUCAAGCUUCGUUCCAACACAAGAAGGGAACUCACCAUGAAUUUUCAUUCAAUCUCGUCAACCUUCAUCAGAUGUAUGAUGCACUCGCUGCAAGUCGGAAGUGUGAUGACGUCAGGAUUGCAUCAAAUGUGGUGGGAAGACGGAAUCUACAUCACGGUUCACUUGAAAGCCCAGUCCUGCUAAGGCCCUGUCACACAGUCAUGAGUUUGGCCUCCCGAACACUAGCCAAACGCUCCCAAACUAUGGUUAGGAGUAAGGUUGGCUGGUGUUCGGCCAGGUCGGCUACUGUUCGGCUGUGCCAGCCAAAUGUUUCAAAAUGUUUACAACAUUUGAGUGAAACUUUGGCCAUUGUUGGCUGCUUUUCAGGAGUAUAGGUCAGUGUGUGGUUGGAAGUCAAAUUUGACUCAAAUUUAAGUCAAAUUCGAUUUGAUUCAAAUACAUGUAGAAAGAUAGGUGUUGCCUAAGUCUGGUCAGAUUGCUCCAGAACUUCAAACAACCUUGGUUGGCUGGUGAUCAGGGGAAGGUUCUGAAUGUGUGACAGGGCUUUAGAUGCGAACAUUUUGCGUCUAAGUCAUCUACACUAAAAAAUUGUAUGAUAUCCCUCUUACAUGUACAAUGUAGCAUACUGUUGUUACUGCAUUGUUUCCCUACAUGUAUUUUAAAGGAAAGAAAAAAUUAUCCCAAUGUAAGAUUAGGGAUUCAUUUCAAUUGUAGGAUUAUGAUUGUGCAUACAUGUACAGUGUAACUCUCAACUCAAAGUAGUGAAUUUGAGACUAUUGUGGAAAUAUUUUGGGUGUAUAAAAUGUAAGAUUCAGUACAGUAACUGUGCCAUCAAAAUGUUAUGCCAUAAAAUGUAAAUUUUACAAAGCGCUGAUUAUUUUGUGUGGAAAAGUUUAAUCUACAAUUACAUUCCUAUUAUAUUUGCAUAAUAUAUAAUAAAGUGUAUACCAGUACACGUGUUAACUUGUUCCCAGGCAUAUAAUAAAAAUAUGGAAAAGUUUGCCUUCAUUUUGUGUGCAUUUUGUACAAAAUUAUAACUAUUGGUGGUAUACUGGUAGUCCGGUACCAACAAUCUAGUAUUAUGCAUUGUAUUUCAAAUCAGAAAAGAAUGAGAAACAGCCACUAGUACACAUGCAUUUCACUUGACAGGAUUGUAGUACAUGUAUAGUACACAUAUAGGUGGAAUUUCCUUUUACUCUUACACGUGUAGGUUGUUGUAGUUCCUUAAUUUGCUACAUUGUACAUCCUUUACUAUCACCAUGUACUAAAAAAAACCUUUUAGUUAAAGGUAUUCAUAAAUUUCAGGGCAGCAAAACGGAAUUUUCAGUCAAUUUUCUGGCCAUUCUUUUAUUUAAUGUAGCAAGUUGAAACAA